GUCAGGGUAUAUGCUGCUUUCGGUUUUAACGGUGUAAAUUUACAUGCCUUUAGAGUUACAUGCCUUUCAUCGCAAUUUCGUAGAAUUUAAUUAUGUCAGGUCCGUCAGAAAUUCACGCAUAGCUUUGCAAAUUAUAGGGUCUUGCGGCAGAAAAACAUCUGUGUGUCAUAGUUUCACAUCGGACACGAUGUCGGCAUUGCCCGCAUCACACCCUGCUGCAGACUGGUUCGCUCAGGAUUGCUUCAUGGGCAUUGAUGAAGCUGGACGUGGACCAGUACUUGGUCCAAUGGUUUAUGGAUGCGCAUAUUCUGCAAUGAGUCAGAUGGAGGCCUUGUCUCAAAGAUCUUUUGCCGACUCAAAAACUCUGAAAGAGGAAAGGCGCGAGAGCCUCUUUCAGGAAAUCAAAGAAGACGCAUCCAUAGGGACAGCAGUCGAUAUUUUAGAUGCCAGGACCAUAUCUGCCCAAAUGCUCCACAGCCAGAGGGAGAGCCUCAAUGUGCUGGCAAACAAUGCCACCUUCAGGCUCAUCGAAGGAGUCUUGGAGUUGGGAGUGAGAUUGAGGGAGGUCUAUGUGGACACAGUGGGUGAGGCAUCUCGGCACCAGGCUCGCUUGACAGAACGGUUUCCGGGCAUCAGGUUCAUCGUGUGUCCCAAAGCGGAUUCUCUGUACCCCAUCGUGAGUGCAGCCAGCAUCGUGGCAAAGGUGACUCGGGACAGGCUGGUGAAGGACUUCAGCAUCGCAGAGAAAGUGGAAGUCGGCCGGCAGACAGGAUCUGGCUACCCAGGGGACCCGGACACCAAGGCGUGGCUGCAGGAGCACAUUGAUCCUGUCUUUGGGUUCCCCAGCAUUGUGCGCUUCUCUUGGUCGACGGCCUCCAAGAUACUGGAGACGGGAGCCGUCCCUGUGCAAUGGGAAUGUGAUGAGGAGCAGGAUGGAUCCCAGGGACAGCAGGUGCUGGCUUUUGGCAACAAGCCAGCAAGGGCACAGGUGUCCACGGGCGUGGGACGCCAUGCUUUCUUCAGGGCCCACAAGCUGCAGCGAGUUGCAAAUUUCUGAAGGAGCCAUACCUGAUUUUUUUGGUCGAAAGACUGUCUGGCAGAGGUAGAAUGAAUUGGCAUGAAUAACUGGGUGUCUCGUCAGGGCCACUCAGAGGGGUGGGUUCCCCUCAGCAGGCUGUGGCGUUCCACAGUGGUACUGAACAUCAUUAUGUGGUGACCAGCUCCUGAGACCAGCCAGUGGCAGACUUAACAACAUUAAUUGGAAGACUUCAGGGGAAGCAAGCUGCCUUCUCUCAUUUGGAUCAGAAUUGGAUGAUAAUGGCUGGUCCAAGUGGACGUUGUGAAGGGGCGUACGGAUGAAACCACACAGACUGGAGAGUCAGAUGUAAAUCGUAUUUGGCU